AGCAAAAUGUUUGGUUAUCUUUAUCUUGUCGCACUGUGCCUUUCUGCAGCCACCUGCCUGGAGUCGGGAGACGCGACGCAGUUGAGGUUUCCUGGGCCCGCAAAGGGAAGAUCAUUGCCAUUAAUAUUGCAGAGACAAGAGGAUGCGGCGCCAUAUCCACCGGCGGGUUUCGUGCCCGAUCCACCAUUCGAGUUGCCCACGGAGGAGGCGGCCGUGUUUCCUCAGCCUGAUGACACUUAUGGACCACCAGCCGAGGUUUAUGGACCACCAGCUGAGGUCUAUGGACCCCCAGAUGAGGUUUAUGGACCCCCAGAUCAGACUUACGGUCCACCAGACCAAGCAGCCAACGAUGACAGUGCCAACAGCCUGCCCCAGAGUGCAGCCAUCAUAAAUCUAGCCAGCCUGCCGUUGCCACCUCAGGCACAGUUCGUUCUGCCUUUGCUGAGCCGUUUGGCCGCCUUCCGUCCGCUUCGCCCCGCCCUGCUGACGCCACAACGUCGACCGGCCAAGCUGACAGCACGCCCACAAAGGAAGCAAGCCAAAAUUGUCAAUGGCAUUCAAGGACACGCGGUUUUUCCCUCGACUCAGUUGGCACUGCCCUUUGUAGACCGCCGCACUCCCUUCCGGCCACGACCAGCGCGCUUGAUUGUGAACGCUCCAUUCAGGAGGCCAGCCAGGCAUUAGCACACAUCAUUUACU